UGGCCGCGGCGUGCGAGGCCGGGCGGGACGGGGAUGGAGCCGCAGCAGCUAGCGGAGGCGGCGGGGUCCUCGCGCCACGCGCCGGCCGGGAUCUCCCUGCACGAUUUCUGCGGGCAGGCGGGCGAGCAGCUCGUGCACUUCCACGCCAUGCGGCUGCGAGACUCGCUCUUCCUCUGGGUGGGGGCGGAGCCCGCGCUCCGCAGCCUGGCCGUGGCCAUGUGCAGCCCCCACGACUCCAUUCCAGUGUCUACAUCACUUCUGGGAGAUGCCUCUGACGCCACCUCAAAUUCUCUAGCCCAGCGCCUAGCCAGGAAGACUAAAAAACAGAUCUUCGUUAGCUACAAUCUUCAGAAUACAGACAGCAGUUUUAUAUUACACAUAGAGAACAGAAUCAAGGAAGAAAUGAUGGCUUUUCCAGAGAAAUUCUAACUUUGUGGCAUUGUAAGUUACUUUGUUAAAGAAAUAAACUGACUGGGUUUCCAUAUUGACAGACACGGAGUUAAUAUUUUGGCACUUUUUGGGUUUGUUUUACAAAAUUGUUUGGACCAAACUUGCAUAGAACUUAAAAAAUGUAUUUCUUCCAAACUUUGAGUUCCUCUGCUGUGUUAGAGAUGGGCUGAUGGCAGAGAAAGGGGUCUUUGGAAUAUGGAGAGGAAUGUUGUGAGUUAUGCAAGAUAUUGUAAACUUGUGUAUGCAUGGAGCUUGACCUACUUGGAAAUUGUAAUUAGAGGACGUUCUCUGGAUUUUAGUUGCACAUGUAACAUACUAUGUAUCAUAAUUAGAGCAAGAGAAAACAAAUCUCUUCUAGUGCUUAUGUGAAAGCCUGGCAUGCUGUUGUGAAAAAUCAGGAAAUUAAAUAAAAGGAAAUACAUUGACGUCA